AGCCUGUCAGCCUCUCACCCCUGCGAAGCGCACCUGUCGCCGCCUCAGCUUGCCAUGGACCAGCUCAACGCGCCACCUGAACAGCAAGGGCAGAAAGUCCAAACUAAGAUCCGUCGCCUGUUCAGCACGUUGAAGCUCAAGAAACCCAAGCAGCUAAAACCAACCGUUUCAGAUUCCGAUGUCGAAGAACAUCUACGGAGUGCUCAUUCACAACCGGCAAAAUACGGAAACUGGGGUCCAGUACUGGACAUUCCGGAUGCCGGACUGAUCAUCCUAGCUCUUAAUCUCAUUCCUGGAGCAGAUGACGAUGAGAUCACAGUUAUCGGCAAGACGAAGGGACAAAACAACGCAGUUUACAUCCUACAAUACGGACAGGGGCUCAAGAUAUGCAUACGCAUCCCUGCUUGCGGCUGGGGAAGCCGGUGGACCGCUGCUGACGCCGCGGCCCUGCGUAACGUUGCACUUACCAUGCGCUAUGUCAAGAAGCACACCCGACUGCCGGUGCCAAGCAUGUUCGCGUACGAUAUUUCUUUUAACAACGCCAUCAACGCGCCGUAUAUCGCCAUGGAAUUCAUGGAGGGCAAACCACUCGAGAAAGCCUGGGAUGAUGACAGCGGUAAAGUUUCUCUAGAGACAAGGCGUCAGAACAUAUUAAGAACUCUUGCAUCAAGUGCGGCAGAGUUUCGCUCUUUACGAUUUGACAAGCUGGGUGCCAUCUGUUUCCCUCCUGACGACGAAGAGCAUCCUUACGUGGGCCCGACCUACAACGCGAACUUUGGAAAAGGCCGUGAUGAAGAUUUUGUGCCGGAGGCGCAUUUUCAGGACGUAGAAGAUUGUUCGAAGUUGUACUUUCAGAGAUUCCUGCAAAGCGCCAGGGAAUACGCCGCCGCAUAUUUCGGGGUAGGGUCAGAAAGCUUCAUCGAAGUGGAAGGUCUCUAUCGGAUCUUUAGCAUCAUGCUGGAAGAAUUUCCGUGGACAGAGAACAAAGGGGGGGCUGGUGAAACCUUUUUCCUUGCACCACCUGACUUCGGCUGGCAGAACAUUCUGGCUGACGAUUGCGGCAACAUCACAGGCAUCUUGGGUUGGGAUCGUCCUGUCACACUGGCGGGGUUUCUGGGAUGGGCGCGCUUCCCAGAUUACCUGGCCAAGGACUGGAUCCAAGGUCUCGCCUGGCCUAGAUUGUGCAGCUACGACGGACUGACGAUGGACCGAUACCGCGGCGAUUAUGCUCGAUAUCUCUCCCAAGCUUGUCGCGUAGAUGAUGAUGAUUCCAGCAGCCACAAGUACACCCACAAAUCACACCUCUACUAUGCAAUCCUCAUCUCCUUGGCACAAGAAGAGAUGAUGAAGGGCCUUCUCGACAGGAUGAUACCGCAUGUACUACCGGGGGUGAUUAGAAGUGAUAUGUGCCGAGAGAUUGGCAAGAACGGCCUGCGGCCAGAGGACGAGGAGCAUCUGAGGAACCGUUUGCAGGAGUUCCUUGGAUACAACCAAGAUUUCAAUCUUCUGUAA